GUAACUUUCGUGCUUCGAAGUUGGUUUGUAUCAACUAUAAACAUAACCUUUAAAAAGACGAUUUUGAACAAAAAUGAAUAAUUACAGAGAAAUUUGUACGUUACAAUUUGGACAUUAUGCCAAUUUUGUGGGAACUCACUGGUGGAACAUUCAAGAGCAUGGAUUUGUAUUUACUCCAGGAGAAAAUGUGGAAAUAAACAAUAAGAUUUUAUACCGAGAGGGACAAACUUUAAAAGGUGAACCUACGUAUACCCCACGUUUAUUGCUAGUUGAUUUAGAUGACAGUUUAGGAAGUUUGCCCAAGGAAGGAUGUUUGUAUUAUGGUAAACCAACAAAGGAAUUAAAUGAUGCAGUUUGGGAUGAAAAUUCUAUACAAACUCAAGAACAAGAUGAAAUAGUUAAAAAUCAAUAUUUACUAGAUUUAGAAUCAAAUCGAAGUGAUGUAGUGAGAAAAUACGAGUUAGAAAAUAAUGUAAAUGUUUGGUCUGAUUUUUUAUAUACACAAUUUCAUCCAGAAACUGUUACUACAAUUAAGGAAUAUCAACAAAGUUCUGAUGUCCAUAAUUUUAAUGUUUUUCCAUUGGGAAAGAAUUUGUGGAAAACUCAACAAUUUAAUGAACAAUUUUGUGAUAAUAUUAAUUCCUUUGUUGAAGAAUGUGAUAACAUGCAAGGUUUUCAAACACUUUUUGAUGGUACAGAUGGUUUUGCUGGGCUCUCUUCAUCUUGCAUUGAACAUUUAAGAGAUGAAUACCAUAAAAAAUCAAUUUUAGCAAUACCAAUUGUCCCAUCUCAUUAUAAAGAUUAUGAUUUGAUAUCAGAAGAAGAUGAAAGAAAAUCUCAAAUAAAUGAUUGUUUAAGAAUAAUUAAUUUAGCAAUGUGUUUUCAUGAUUUAUCUGAAUUGAGCUCCAUUUUUAUUCCCUUAAGUAUUAUAGAAAAUGGAUGGAAGAGACCAUUUGUUAAUAGAUCAUUUAAAAACAUAACUUACAACAAUAAAUUACCAUAUCAUACAAGCUCGUUACUUGCGAUAGCUUUAGAUACGUUCACUUUAAAGUAUCGGUUAAAAAAAGAGUUGUAUACUUUGGAUCAUUUAACUUAUGAUUUAUGUCAACACAAUCGAAAACUGGUAGCGGCAAGUUUAUGUAUGCCAUUUCCAUUGGGAAAUUCUGAUAAUCUUUUAGAUACUUUGGAUAAAUGGGAUGGACCUUUAACUCAAAGUAUUACACCAAAUUAUAAUUUGGGUUCCGACCGAAUGUUAAAUGUACUUUGCGCGCGUGGAAUCUCACAAAAUAAACUCAAAAAACCUUCAGGGAAUGCUCAAGAACAAUUCAACAUGCCUGCAUAUAAAUGUGAAACGGUUGAAGAAAUGUUGAAGUUUUAUUUAUCUUGUACUAGUUUUGGAAGUGCUUCUCAGGUGAUUUCUAUGGAGAAAGGGUUGGAAAUUAAGGCGCCAACACCAAAUAUUUUUAAUGAAAAUAUAAAGGAUAAUCCAUUACAAGUUUUAGCUGGUUUACAUUCCGGUAAUGAUGUUGGAAAUAUUAUUGAUUCAUUACUUAAAGAUGUUAAAAAAUUGAAUUUUAAACGGUUUCAUCAAUUUAUUGACUCUGGAGUAGAGGUUGAUGAUUAUAAAGAAUGUAUUGAUAAGUUAAUGGAUUUUAAAGAUUGUUAUGAGGAUGGAGGUUUAAUUUAAAAGUUUAUAAAUAAAUAUUUGUUUAUACUGCGA